GCUAACAACGUCGUCCCCGAAAAAGUGAAAAUGUAUCAACCUGGGUCACCUGGCGCACCAGCGCUUUUCGUCAUCGUCGUUCUGUCAACAGCCAUUGCAACCAUAUCGAAUGUCGUUCCCAUUCAGGGCAAGGAGGUAAAGUCAAUGUCGCAGGACUAUGUGAACGGAUUGCUCAGCCUAAAGAGCAGCCUGCAGACCAAGCGGCCAUCCGCCGGUUACAGUUGCGGCCAGCAAGAAGAGCCCAGAAAGUAUCCUAAUCAGCAGGAGGCUGCUUGGGACAAAAUCGGAUCCCAUAUCGAGUAUAUGCCCCAGUUGCAGGACCAAAAUUUCGAGCAGAAGCAGCCGAAGAUUCAGGCUGAGAACAACGCCAAUCUAGAACAAUCUUGGCUAACUGACAGGUCUCUUGCUCAAUCCCAGAUGCUUUCGUUGCCUUCCUCGGCCAAGUUUAUAAGCAUUAAGGAUCCACAUGUUGGCCAGUCUUCCUUGGUUCAGUCCCCGGUGUCCAAACAAAGCAAGUUGUUGCCCCAGCAGCCAACAACCGAGCAAUUGCAGUUGCUACAACAGAUGUCCGAGUUUUUUAAGCAACGGCAGCAGAUGCAACGACCUGGAAUCAAAGCAGAACAAACGGGUAAGAACGAAGGCCAGGAUGAUUGCGAUUCGGAGUCACCAGACGAGUGUGAUUCUAAGACCACAAAGAAACCGGAAAAUUGCGACAACGAGGAAUCGGUAACGGUUAUUGUAAAACCUCAAACGACCACCAAGCCCACAUCAGCUCCCGAGACAAGUACAGUAAAACCCCCAAGGCCCACGAAAGGGCCCACCAAGUCAACCAAACAUAAAUCCACUACCAAGAAACUGCCAUGCUGCACUAAGGCUCCACGUGUGCAAGUCGUCGAGGCUCCUAGUAUCGUUAACAUUGCCCCAAAUCUCCAGAACGAUCUAGAGGCAGAGUCCCAGUCUCUGGUGCAGCUGCCUCGGAUCCACCGAAAUAUGAUCCAUCCCGAACUGAUGAUGAAAGCCUAUGAGGACUUGGUGAAAUACAACGAGUUUUUAGCCAAUAAAGAACUUGAGGAUCCAGGACUACAGCACAGCAGUCGUGUGGAACCUGGCAGUGCUAAAACCGAGGAUAAGAAGCUCAGACCAUCUCGAAUGCUGGACAAUAACAAGGGGCCCGAAAUCAAGGCUAAGCUCUGGAGCGACAUAAUUAAAUCACGCCAAAAAGGGAAUCAUAGUAAUGCCAUUAUCACACCCAUUUCCCAAAUUAAGGAUAAAGGACAGCAAGAACGUGUGAUAAGGGACUCAAAUAUGGCCGCAGAUGAACCUCUUCGACCCAGUCGGACUCUAACCAAGGAGGAGGUACUCCAAGCAAAGGUCAAGGUCUGGGCUGAUAUGGCAAGGCAACGUAAAAAGAUUAAAGACGCUACUAAUCCAAGUCUCAUUCCUGUUAUAAAAGUCCAAGAACAGCUCCAAACCGCAGCUCCUAAAUCCGAAAUACAGGAUACGAAAUUAGAUGUCCGUAUCAAGAGGAACUCUAGUAACGAGUUACUCCAAGCAGUGGACAGGAACAAGGUGCUCCUAGCCGAGGCAGAUCUCUAUGCCGAAGUAAGAAGAGCUCAGAGAAGGGCUCAAAAAGUAGCCUCCAUUCCAAUUCCCCAUUCCGAUCACAAGGAACAAGAACCCCAGCCUGAGAGCCGUGUGAAAAGGAACACCAAUAAUGCCACGUAUGAGUAUCUCAAAACACGUCCAGUCUUAAGCAAGGAGGAGGCACUCGACGCAAAACUCAAGGUCUGGACUGAUCUAGCGAAAUAUCGCAAACAGAUUCAAGCAGCUCCUAAUCCUAGUCCCAUUACCAACAUAAAAUAUGAACCACAACUUGACGCAGCUUCUAAAUCCGACUUAAAGGAUCAAAAACAACUGCCAAUUGCAGCUCCUAAUUCAGACCUGAAGAAUAAAGAUAUGAAGUUAGAUGGCCGUGCAAGAAGAAACUCUUAUAAGGAUAUACUCGAUGGAGUGGACAGGAACAAAGUGCUCUUAGCAGAGGCUGAUCUCUAUGCCGAAGUAAGAAGAGCUCAGAGAAGGGCUCAAAAUGCAGCUGCCAUUCCAAGUCCCACUUCCCACUCAAAGACUAAAGAACUCCAGCUUGAAAGCCGUGUGAAAAGGAACACCAACAAGGCUGCGGAUGAAUAUUUUAAAACACAUCCAGUUUUAAGCAGGGAGCAAUUGCUAGAAGCAGAGCUCAAGGUCUGGACUGAUCUAGCAAAAUAUCGCGAACAGAUGAAAGCUACUCCUAGUGCUAAUUCCAUUUCCGACAUAAAAGAUCAAAUCGCAAAUUCUAAAGCCGGCAUAAAGAAACCAGAACAGACACCAAUCGCAGCUCCAAAUUUAGAAGUAAAGAAUAAAGAUAUGAAGCUGGAUAGUCGUGCAAGGAGGAACACUAACAAGGAGAUACUCGAUGUAGUGGACAGGAACAAGGUACUCCUAGCAGAAGCAGAUCUCUAUGCCGAAGUAAGAAGAGCUCAGAGAAGGGUUCAAAAAGCAGCUCACACUCCAAGACCUGUUGCCGAGGUAAAGCAUCCCCUUCCCCAGUUAAAGAAUCAAGGUCUUCAGCUGGGUGGCCGUAAGAAAAGGGACUUGGAUAUAGCUGCGAAUGAACAUCUCAAAAUAAAUCAGCUUUUAAGCGAAGUGGAGAAAGGCAAAGCGGAGCUGAAUGUCUGUUCUGGAUGUUGCAAAAUAUCUCGAAGAAAUUUAGGCAGCUCCUUAUUCUAGUCUCAUUUCUGUCAUAGACGAUCAAUAAUAACUAACUCAAAACACGUUAAAUUCUAAGCAGGGGGAAGCUCAAAGACAAAGAAAUACUUUACACCUGGAACUGAAGCAAGAAUCAAUAUUGAUCAACAUAUAUAUUUUUCAAAUUUCAAUAUAUUUCUUAACUUAAUUAUAACACAAGACCUUACGUUAAUGAAAUUCGUAAAUGAAAGCAAUAAAGCAGCAGAGCGAAUUUAAAAUA